AUGGAUUGCAGAUACAGAUUUAGUAGCAAGUGCUACGGCUUCAUGUAUAACAGUGAAAACAAGUUUUGUAUACCCUGCGGUGGGAUAAGUGCAUACAAGUCUACUCCUGAUGAAAGUGAAGGAUACUUCUAUUUCAUUGACAAUGAUUGUGAGUCUUAUGUAGACUUCAAACAAUACAACUACAUCCGGUACUCCGAGUAUCAAGUACAACAAGACUACGAUACUGCCAGGAAGACUUGUCGUUGCGUGGAUUCUCAACUCAUGGUCGCCGACACCUACGAGAGAUGGGCGUCCUACAAGUUUUUUCAGAAGACCAACAAUGAGUACUGGCUGGGCAUGGACGAUAUAGCCACCGAGGGCACCUACGUUUGGUCAGAUGGCCGGAUUGUGGCCACCGAGUGGAUGAACCUUGCCUUCAGCAAGACCAAGCCUUUCGGCGAUGGAGACUGCAUCUACAGAGUGCCCAACACAGACUCGGCGGACGACACGGACUGCAGUAGAAACCUGUCUUACAUAUGCGAACAGCCUCAGUAUGUCAAGUGUGGUCUUUUUCUCAUUACACCUUAAGGGCAGGUUCGCACUGUGCAGUUGGGUGGUGUGUGAGCAAAGUUAAUUAUUUUGUAAGGUGUUUCCACGGCUCACCGACAGACUUGACAGAGUACAGACAAAGGGUAGGAAUAGUGUGACUCUUAGAUGUCUAGCUUGUAGGGCGACUCAAUACCCGUAGGAUGGGACAGACACGGACGAUUUAGUAGCGUUAGUUUAGCCGUGGGUUAGGGUCUCCCCUAUAUACAGAGAGUGUUUA